AUGGACUCAACCACUCAACCCAUUCUGGAGGGCUUUCUGGCUCUCCGCGACAACUCAAGCCGGCGAGCAGCGUUCAAUGGGAUCCUUGAUAACUUAACUUCUCAUGAGAUACGAGAAGUAAAAAGUCGAUUAGAGACGAUGACAUUCCAAUGUGAUUUGCUAGACAAAUUGCCUCUUGAACUGGUGACUGUGUUAGUAAAGUACUUGGACCUAGCCGAACUUGUUCUACUCCGAAGAGUCUCCAAACGAUGGCGCGCAAUGCUCUCUUCAACCAUCGUCAUCACUGCUGCAAUCAGAUGCCAUAUGGGAAAAAGCGUCAUCCAGCCUGAUUUUAUCUUAGCGGAUUUUGAUGCACUGAUUAAAAAACGACUUCGAGCGGAAAGGGGAAUGCCUGCUAUUGUGGCUACAAUUCCUUAUGACUUGCCUCCUGAAAUAGAUGACGAGCUGAACAGAGACGGCAUAAGCUAUUGCAAUGGAGUAUGCGCGUGGAUUGAACAAUCCACAGAUCGAACUACUAUUUUCAUGGUGGACCUGCCAAGCGGCAAAACCAGAACCCUCACAACAGUGAAUCGAGAGGGAUUUACUCAUGUCCAGGUAUCAGACACCUUGGUUUCAGCAACUUCUACUCGGGGGUAUUGCCAUGUUUGGAACAUACCCAAAGAAGAGCAUAAGUCUUUUCGCAUUCCUUCGCUGCAAUUUGCUCAUUACAUAUCCAUCGGAUCAAAAGUCAUGCUGAGCUACGCGGAUUCCGUCCUCCACUUCUGUUUUGACUCGGGAGUCGCCCGUGUCAUCAAAAUCAGACCAUUCAUCCUUCUACUAUCACCACAUGCAAAGGAGGAUGGAUUCUUCGUCGUUUGCAUCCGCAGAAAGAAUGGCAAUGAUUCUCAACUACGGGAAGAUGGUAGCUUGCUUUGGAAGUAUCAUCAUUUUCAGAUACAGAAAUUCUCUGUCCACGAGAACAAAUUUAUCUGCACCUGGGAGCAAUAUCGAGAGCUACCUUUCAGAGAUGAAAAAUUAUGGGGGUUUCAAUGCGAACCAGGAGACACCACACUACCGUGCAGAGCGUCUCUGCGCUGCGGUCAAAGCUCUGCUUUGCUGGGAUAUUACACGACUGAAUCCGAUAGGACUCGUAAUCAGACAGAUGAUCUUCCUCUGCAAGAUGGGGUUGAAUAUGGUUCACUUUCUCUUUCAUUCGAGGCAAAUGAUCGGAUUACUGUACAUUUUCGGCCCGCAGGGUUGAACUUUGAGAGUCCUCACGCCAAUCUAGACUACUCAGCCCAGGGCCGUGGCUUGAUUUACUGUUUUGAGGAGCAUAACUUGUCGAAAAAAACCAUAUUGCAUAUUGGCUGUGAAUUCUCAGAGCUCUCGCAUGUCCGCAAUACUAAAGCGUGUCGAUUUGCAUCCUCACAUGCAUUACUUUUUCCAGAUGAGCGGUCAUGCACCUCGGUUUUGGGUGAUGGGGACUUUGUUAUAUUUCCUACGAAUGGGGAAGUCUGGAUCUGGUGCUUUGAUGACACAUGGCUCCCCUCUGGUAUUCCUCAUAUGAGAAUUACAACUUGGUGA